UGAAUACCUAGCGUGUCGCACUCGCUUGUAAUACUCGACGGUUGGCCAUUCACAACUAGCACCCGCCCAAAACUGCUCAUUCGUACGGGAAAUCUCGUGAGAAUCGGACGUGUUUGUCGCUCUCUUCCGGCCUGACACUCGCAAGCUUGCUGGUCGCAAAUUCGCUCGCUCGUUCGGUUCGUGGAAAGUUUUUUUUCUCCAAAUCGCAGUGGACACAAACGUUGUUGAUAAACUGUUUACGUACACGUGGCUUUGAACGAGAACUGCCUGACAAAGUUAGUUUUGCAUUCUUGGAAGGAAACAAUUUAGAGUGUGAUUGUAGAAGUGAAAAUUUUGCGAGACGUUACCCAACCCCGCACAAGAGAUAAUUGACAAUGGAUAAUUUCAAGAAAAAGACCACAGGGCGUGCUGAACUGGAGUACACGCCCAUUCGACCCCACUGGACCGGCUCUAGUAAAUCUGACGUAAGCAACUACAUUUUUGGGAACAUGAAGGCAAGCCUGACGGAUGUUCCGACGCAAACGGCAGCUGGCUCGACCCUUCCGCUGGUGGGAAUGCCUAGAGAUGACGAGGAAGCCGCCUGCUACAACCCGUUCGAGCACAGGAAACUAACCCAUCCCACAUCUGAUGUCGACACCCUGAUUCACUUGCUCAAAGGUUCUCUUGGUUCGGGAAUCCUUGCGAUGCCGUUGGCAUUUGUAAACGCCGGCCUAUGGUUUGGAUUGGCAGCAACCCUAGCUAUCGGUGCCAUCUGUACCUACUGUAUUCAUAUUCUAGUGAAAUGUUCGCACCUGCUGUGUAGGAGAGCGCAGAUUCCUUCGUUGGGUUUUGCUGACGUAGCCGAAACGGCAUUCCUGGCCGGCCCGGAGGGAAUCAAAAAGUACUCCCGGCUAGCGAGAUUCAUCAUAAAUCUCUUCCUUGUGCUGGAUCUGAUGGGAUGCUGUUGCAUCUAUCUUGUAUUCGUAGCAACUAACGUAAAACAGGUAGUGGACUAUUAUACCAACAGCCACUUAGACGUUCGGUACUACAUUUUACUGACGCUAGUUCCACUGAUAUGCAUUAAUUUGAUCAGAAAGCUCAAAUAUCUUACACCCUUCUCGAUGAUUGCCAACGUCCUAAUCGGAGCGGGUGUUGGUAUAACGUUUUACUAUAUUACCCAAGAUCUGCCAGCAUUUUCGGAGCGGAAAGCGAUUGCCGAAAUUCACCAUAUGCCUAUGUUUUUUGGCACAGUAAUUUUUGCCCUCGAAGGUAUUGGUGUAGUCAUGUCGCUGGAAAACAACAUGAAGACUCCCCAGCACUUUAUCGGAUGUCCCGGAGUACUGAACACCGGCAUGACUGUCGUCGUGGCACUGUAUGCUGCCGUUGGAUUCCUUGGAUAUUUGAAGUAUGGCGAGGGAACGCAUGGCAGCAUUACGCUUAAUCUUCCUGUGGAAGAUAUCCUAGCACAAGCCGUAAAGAUUAUGAUUGCUAUAGCUAUUUUUCUGACCUACACUCUGCAGUUCUACGUGCCGAUGGAGAUCAUUUGGAAGAAUGUGAAGCACAACUUUAAUGAGCAUAAAAAUGCCGCCGAAUAUACAAUCCGUAUCGGACUUGUGACCCUCACCGUAAUAAUUGCAGCCGCCCUGCCGAACAUUGGUCCAUUCGUGACCCUUAUCGGAGCCGUAUGCCUGAGCACCUUGGGCAUGAUGUUCCCGGCCGUCAUCGAGCUGGUCACCUACUACGAGAAACCCGGCUACGGACGGUUCAACUGGAUACUCUGGAAGAACAUUGGGCUGAUAUUUUUCGGCGUAGUCGGCUUCGUCACCGGAACCUACGUCAGCAUCGAAGAGUUCUCCCAGCAUCUGGAAGAAGUUUAGAUAAGAUUUGCCCCUGCAGAAGCAUUGGGCAUACUUCCGCCUAAAGUAUAAUCAAUAAAGAAUUCAAACAAAAGUCAAACUGUGCAGUUCGUGGUAAGCAACACCGCGAACGCACUCGGAAGUGUGCGCAUUGGAUCGGAAGUGCACGUGAUGGUGUCCCGAAUUUCCGCCAGCAGCCCCAGACCAGUUGUAGCGCCAAGCGAGACUGGUUCCGGUCGUUACCUUGACGACCGAGCAUGGCUACUUCUAGCCAAUCACGCCGUCGGAGUUCGGGGGUAUCAAAACUGCACGUGUCACUUUCUACCCGCCAUCGGAAAACAGUUUAUUCAGCUGAGAAGUGAAAUUUAUAUGCAACAAUAAAACAUUUCGAAUUUGAUUCGACUCAACUCUACAUAUAUCUAAAGUUCCCAAAUACGACGAUUGUGUGUUAAGCCUUCUAAAGGAAUUUCAUUAGAGGUAGUGACUUUAUUGUUAUAGAGUAUCAGACGGUAGAGACGAAACCAAUGUGAUUUUGAAACUGUUUCUAUUUGUUUAACGUACAAUCUGUUGAUUUGAUAAUGAUCAUUUCUAUUCGAUAGAAGAAAUGACAGCAUUAUAAACCAAAUAUAUUUCUCGAAAAGACAGAAAGAAUAUAAGCAUGUUUUCAGUAACUUUAAUUUUGGCAAAACGGUUUACAGUACGAUUAGCUGCGCAUUGGCAACAGAUUUGUUCCAUUUAUAAAAACGCUUGUUCUUUAAAAACGCUUGUUCCUUAAAACAAAUAAAACUUGCACGCUUGAGAAAAGCUAUCCUUAAACGAACAUGUCAAUAGUCAAACAAUAGUGAAAUUAAGAAUAAAACAAAAUUGUCUUCCAGUUGUCAUUGAGUACAUUUCUUUCCACCAAACUCACAGUUCGGUUAGAUAAAAUUUGGCUCAGGAGUGAUGAAAGGGUUCCUAAUAUUAUUAUCAUUCUCGCAUCGAAAUGCCAGAGGUUCGCCUAUUGCUAAUGGAACCAUACUGGCUUUGGUGGUAUAACAGUACAUAUUUUACAUUGUCCGAACAAAUCAUUGAAACAGACAACAUCCGGCACAUUUAGAUAAUAGCUUUAAGCUCACUGUUACUGUGUAAGAUAUUUUGUAGAAAUUUUGAGUAGAAUAAACACCAUUACGAUUCCAUUGUUCAA